UGCGUUGACAUUUACAAGCAGCCUGCUUUUGACCAUCCUGUUCUAAAGAAUCACACCAUUCAGAUGGAACCCAAUUCGGGCGUCCAUUGGAAGAUGUCGGUUGAGCAAAACGAGGCGUUUCAAGUAUGGCAAAGAAGUGGGAGUUGUCCCAAUGGAACCAUUCCAAUUCGCAGAGUUCGUGAACAAGACUUAUUAAGAGCCAAUUCUCUUGAUAGCUUUGGAAAGAAAUUUCCUUAUGGAAGCUCCAAACUCGGGAAAGAAGUCAAUCGUUCUACGGCAAUCCUGUAUACGGCAGGGUUCAAUUACAUUGGCGCCUCAGGACAGAUUAAUGUUUGGAACCCUAAAGUUGAUUUGUGGAAUGAUUUCACGGCUUCAAGAAUUUGGUUGAAAAAUGGGCCUUCUGAAAAAUUUGAAAGCGUUGAAGCGGGUUGGAUGGUUAAUCGGAGGUUAUAUGGAGAUACAAGAACUCGUCUUAGUGUACAUUGGACGGCGGACUCCUACAAAUCGAAAGGGUGCUUUGAUUUGACUUGCAGUGGGUUUGUCCAAACGAACCCGAAAGUGGUGCUUGGUGCAGUUAUUGACCCAUUGUCAACCAGAGGUGGACAACAGUUCACUAUCACGGUCGGUAUCUUUCAGGAUCCUAAGUCAAGCAACUGGUGGCUUAACGUGCAAGGGUGGCCAGUGGGGUAUUGGCCGCCGACGCUAUUUGGAUACUUGCGCAACAGCGCAACGCUGGUGGAAUGGGGCGGGGAGGUGUUUAGCUCAAACAUAAAGAAAGUGCCACACACGGGGACGGGCAUGGGGAGCGGAGAUUAUGCAGGUGAGCAUUACAAGUACGCUAGCUUCGUGAGGCAGCCAAGGAUCGUGGACUAUUCGCUACAGUUGAAGUAUCCGGUGAGAGUUGGAAGUUGGGCUGAUGAGUAUUCUUGCUACUCUGUUGAUAAUUAUCGACCUACA